GUGAUGAAACCGAUCUUCUUAUCUCCUCCAAAUCAAUCCUCUUACGCUAUUUCAUUUUUGUUAGGUAGUAGUAAUAAUAAUAACUUAUAAAAUCAAAAUUGCGAUCUCAAAAAAAAAAAAAAAGCAAGAAGAAAGAUAAAAAAUGUUACAGCUGUUCUUCACGAUAGCGUUCUCGGCGGCGCCGUUAACGCUGUACAUACCGCCGGUGAGAUGUCUGACGGUGUUCGUUGAGACGAUGGAAGAGAUGGGAAUGGAAGGAAGGGUUUAUAGCCGGAGACUCUUUCCUCGCGCCAGAAUUGCUUGGUCUAGGCUUCUCGAUUGCUUCUUCUCCUCUUCUCGCCGUCCUUCUUAAAUUCAGGAAAAGGAAGAGAGCUAUGUGAUUUCAUACCGUAGUUUUGGCCCUAAAGGCCUUCAAAGAAGCUGUCCGGUUCUCCGAGAAGCACUGAGGAGAUGGUGGGUUUGUUCUGAUUUGCAGCAACCGCUCGUGUCCUUUGUUCUUUACAUUCUCCAGUUUUAGAGGGAUCGGGAUGUUCUCUGCAUCAUCCACUCUCCUACAAAAUCUCACAGAAUCCCAAAUUUAGUACCUUAGUUACUAAAACUCAUCAAAGUUUAUGCAUAUCAUUGUACUGCAACACAUGUUAAGAAAGUUUAUGCGGAAGCAGCAAAACU